UCGCAUAAUGUCACAUUAUCUAAAACCAACAAAACCCAUCACUAUAAAACGGUCCCAGUUUUCCACUUUUGGUAUUCAUUUCCUCGACUCUACCGAAAAUGCACUCUCGAGUCUUACUUUUCAUUUUACUUUCAACCACUGUGAAUUGUGAAUUAUGUUCGUGGAGGGAAAAUUUCGACCAAAUCGCCAAAUGUGCAACAGUGCGCGCUUUGAAGACCUUUGAAAUCGCCGAAAGACAAGAUGGGUUGGAAAUAAUACCAGGAAUUGCGCUCCAGAGGAAUGGGACUUACUCGGCAAGAAGCGCGAAAAAACUCGAAUUUUCCGUCCAAUCGGCCAAUUCAACGUCCGAACUCUUCGAUUUAGUUUUGACCCAAGCUUCGCGUUUCCUCAAUUCCAGAGUUUUACAGAUCAAAUUGCCACUGCAAGUCCCUCAAAACCUUGCCAGGUCCUUUGAGGAAGCCCGCGGGAAAGUGAAGAAAACAAUGGGAUCUUUGAUCCUCGGCCUUGGAACCAGGAUGAUGUCCAUGAUCCCAAUUAUGUUCGGAGGCCUUGUUCUCCUAACAACGAAGGCUCUCAUAGUCGGGAAAUUAGCCUUCGUCAUCUCUAUUAUUUUAUUUGUUCAAGUGUUCUUCAGCGGGAGGUCUUUCCCUUUUUUCAAUCAUGGAGGUGGUACUUUUAAUAUUCCGCCGACUUACGGAGUACCUACCACUUAUGGUACCAAUUUUGGUACCAACUUUGGCACCAACAGUUUGGGCGGGUGGAGUAGUGCCCAGAAUCCCUAUGCCAGGUCCAUCAAUGUCUCGCAAAAUGAGAGCAACAGCGAGGACAAUUCGUAACAUUUAAAAUUGUCACAUCUUAUUUAUUAUUAUUUAUUUUUUCUUAAUAAAAUCAGCAAAUUUUAA